AUGGGGGCCCAGAUCUGCUCCCAAGCUGACGCCGAGGCGCCGGGAGAGACACUGCGUUUCCACGCCGAGGCCCUGGGCGCGCAAGUGCGUCUGGACGCGGAGCGCAGCACCGCGCGUAGGCGCGCCACGUUCCACGACGGCAUCGUGUUCAGCCAGCGGCCCGUGCGGCCGGGCGAGCGCGUGGCGCUGCGCGUGCUGUGUCACGAGCGCGGCUGGUGUGGGGGCCUCCGCCUGGGCUUCACGCGCCUGGACCCCGCGCGCGUGCCCGCGCGCAGCCUGCCGCCCUUCGUGUGCCCGGACCUGGAGUGGCAAAGCCCGACGUGGGCGGCUGUGCUGCCCGACGGCUGCGCGCGCACAGGGGACGUGGUGCGCUUCUGGGUGACCCGCCGCGGCCGGCUCUUCGCCCAGGUCAACGCGGGCCCCCGGCUGCUGCUGCGCAAGGACGUGCCCAUGGGCGCCCCGCUCUGGGCUGUGAUGGAUGUGUACGGGACCACCAAGGCCAUUGAGCUGCUGGAUCCUACAGCCAGCACCUUCCCCACAACCAUGCCACAUGUCCUUGGUGGUGAGAUCCCGCCUGAGCCUGGAGCCACAGCAGGAGAGGAGUGUGUCAUCUGCUUCCACCGGGCUGCCAACACCUGCUUUGUCCCCUGCGGCCACACACACUUCUGCAGCUCCUGUGCCUGGCGGGUCUUCGGAGACACGGCCAAAUGCCCCAUGUGUCGCUGGGAGAUCGAGGCAGUGGCCCUGGCUCGGGGCCGUCCUGCUCUGGGCACUGGCGAUGGCCUCUUGGUUUCGGUGGCAGAUUGGACCUAG